GCAUUGUAAGCUGUACAUAAAUGAUUUAAACAUUAAAGAAAGCUAGAAAGUCGGAAACGUAGCCAAAAAGAAAGAAAGAAUUUACAACAAUGGAAUCACGGGUUAAUAAUCAAGAUGGCAAUAUGAAUGUCGACACGCCGAGAGAAGACGAUCCUGACACACAAUGUGGAUUUGGAUCUUUCCGUCCUGGUUUCUUACAGAUAUUUGCACGGAUUGGUGCUUUUGUUAGUUUUUAUAGCUUAUCAGGAUUGCUGACAUCAACGCUGGCUGUUUAUAUAAACUCUCAGGUUACUAUGCUAGAAAAGCAGUUUGGUUUCAGUAGCGCGGAGACUGGCUUUCUGAUGAGCUGUAACGAUAUUGGGUUCCUUUCGUGUAUUAUAUUCUGUGGGUUCAUUGCAAGAAAGGUACAUAUACCAAGAGGUUUGGGGAUCAGCACCAUUUUGUAUGGUAUAUGUGGUAUAAUGUGCUCUUUACCAUACUUUAUACAAGAUCAUUCCUCCUAUGAAAUCGAUCAGAUGACUAAUAACCUUGAUAUACAAACAAAUACAACAGCUCCUGGUGGAAAAGUCCCAAUGUGUGUAAAUGAUGCAUCAAAUGGUGACAGAGAUAGAUGUUCUGCAGAUAUUGAAGGUGUUGCAAAAUCAAUGACUGUUGUUCAACAACUUCAAAUCAAGAAAGUUGCAUAUUGCAUUAUUGCUAUCGGAAUG